AGCCGGCUAUAGAUGCAGUGACAUUUUAUUAUUAGAAGUUCUCCUUUGUUACUCCAUCAUAGCAUAAAUUUUACAGCUGACCAUCUGAAGAAUUGUGUUAACAACGGUUUAAAACUAUUUCUUAAGCAACUUCUUGUAGCAGUGCGUUUGAUUUAUAAUAAAGUAAAAUGGGAAUAACACUGGACGACUACAGAUUGAGUGGCGAACUGUUUGGUCAUUCCAUGGAUGUACGCUCUGUCGCUGUCGGCGGAGAUACUGCGGUAGGACAAUUCAUAAUUUCUGGUUCUCGCGAUAAAACAGUGAAAUUAUGGAAAUGUAUAGGUGACGGCUACGUGGAGGCUGUGACACUUCAGGAUCACAAAAACUUUGUUGCUUGUGUUUGCUACCUUGAAGCCGAGCAGUGGAUUUGCACGGGCAGCAAUGAUGCCACUGUCGCCAUUUACAAGGAGGGCAGUUUUGUACCCAUACUAACGCUCAAGGGUCACGAUUCGACUGUAUGUUCAAUUGCAGCGGGCGCAGUACCGCAAACUCUCAUCACAGGCAGUUGGGAUAACACGGCUCGCAUUUGGACUAUCGAUCAGGUCGGAAGUGUAACUUCAGUGGUGUUGCGUGGGCAUGAAUCAGCAGUUUGGUCAGUCGCUUGCAUGACGGAAGUAAAAAAAUAUAUAACUGGCUCAGCUGACAAAUGCAUAUACUACUGGAACGCCAAAGGUGAUAAAUUGCGCAUGUUAAAGGGUCACACGGACUGUGUGCGUGGCAUCUUGGCUUUAAACAACAACUCGCUUCUUUCGUGCGCCAAUGAUGCGCUCAUAAAAUAUUGGAAUGAGGAUGGUGAAUGUGUGCAGGAGCUGAGUGGUCAUACAAAUUACAUUUAUUCUGUAGCCGCGAAUAAAGCAUUGGGUGAAAAUGUAGUAAUGUCCUGUGGGGAAGAUAGCACAUUGCGUAUGUGGAACUUGGAAAGUGGUCAAGAACUAGGCGAGGCCAUUGUACAUCCCGCUCAAUCUGUAUGGUCAGUGGCUUGUCUUAAAAACGGUGACAUUGUAACUGGUUCUAGUGAUGGCGUAGUCCGUGUGUUUACAAAAGAUCCUGCACGUUAUGCCAACGAGUUGACAAUGAAUGCGUUUAAGCACGCAGUUGAGACUAGAAAAUCGCAAAUGAGUGAUGAAAUUGGUGGUGUUAAAAAGACUGAUUUGCCAGGUCCUGAAGCUUUACUAAGGAAUGGCACGCGAGAAGGUCAAACGAAAAUGGUACGACACCAGGACGGUUCAGUAAAAUGUUAUUCAUGGGAAUUGGGACAAUGGAAUUUGAUCGGCGAUGUUACAGGUGCAUCAGGGGGAUCGCAAGCCUCGUCAGGCAAAACUUUAUAUGAAGGAAAGGAAUACGACUUUGUGUUUUCUGUAGACAUUUCUGAUACAGAACCACCAAUAAAAUUGCCCUAUAAUCUAAGUGAAGACCCAUGGAAAGCGGCGCAAGGAUUUAUACAUCGAAACAAUCUGCCACAGGCUUACCUGGAUGAAGUUGCUAAUUUUAUAGUGAAAAAUUCGAAGAAAGAUGUGGCUCCUCAACCAAUCGCAAGUGGUUAUCAGGAUCCUUUCACGGGCGGAUCAAGAUAUGUUGCUGGCAGUAGCAACCAAAACUUCAACGCCACCGGAAACGUGGACCCAUUUACUAGUGGUUCAAGCUAUUCUACGGAUGCAGCAGCAUCGAAACCAAAAACGGAUGUUAAUUUUAUUAAAGGCAGUGAAAAGCAUUUUCCAGUCAGCAAAUAUGCCACUUUUGACAAUUGUGAUCCCGCAAAAGUACUGGAGAAAUUGAAAGAAUUUAAUAACAAGCUGACUAAUGAGAACGAAAAGGUCUCGGAAACAUUAUUAAACGCAGUUAUAGCACUAACGGCCCCUACGCCAGAAGUAGACAUCAACUCAAUUGAAGCGUUGCAGCACUUAUUGCGUUGGCCAAAUGACAUUCUCUUUCCCGUACUGGAUGUGUCUCGUUUGGCCAUACGUCAUGAAGGAAUAUUUACGAUUUUGAACUCAUGUAAUUUCCUAGACACCAUACUGCCGAAAUUGAAUACCUCUGCCGCAAAUACUCUCAUGAUAGUACGCUGUUUAGUAAAUAUGAUGAAUCACGAAAAAGGACGAAAGCAAAUCGAGCCACGUCUGCACACUCUAGCGGCUCGCAUUAGUGAGAUAAAAAGUGGAAGCCCAAAUUUACAGAUCGCCAUUGCAACAUUUUAUUUAAAUGCGACAAUAUCACAGACACUUGGUGUUGCGAACAGUGAGAGUUGUCGUGUGGUGACGGAAGGAAUUGUUGGGCUACUAAAUUGGGCCAUUGACUUGGAAGCGUGUUAUCGCUCUAUUCAAGCCAUUGGUAAUUUAACAACUACACCAUUUGGCCCAAAAGCAGUGGCUAUUGUAGUCUCAGUGGACAAUGUGAUGGACAAAAUACGCGAAUUGACUAAUAAACCACAAACAGGAGCAUACGCUAAAUUGAAAUCUGCGGGUACUGCUUUGCUGGCGGCUUUCUGAGGGAAUUGUGCAUUCCACCAAUUUGAGAAAUCGGUAGUUGAGAAAUGCAUUGGAUGCAGCUUUCAUUGCAAAGCAGAAACUAGUUGUUAUACUUCGAUUUGCUAAAAACAAAAUAAAAAGCUUAACAAAUUUAGUAAGA